CCACUAGCUUCUGGAUUUAUGCAAAGCUCAGGUUAUGUGACUUCACCGCCUCGUGUUACGGGAGGACUGGGAUGACCACGCAAAAAGAACGUGGCACCUUUGAAUUUUGUGACACAAACUCUGUGGGUUUGAAAGCCAUGGCUUCUAGUGAGAACCCUUCCAACAUUAUACAGAAGGCCAGAAGGAAGUUAGCAGAAGCUCUUCUUCAAAUCGAUCCAGAGUUACUUUUGGAAAUCGCAGAUUCCCAUUUGCUCUUCACACACAAGGAGUUCUUCUCCCUGAAUGAAAUCAAGGAUCCACAAGAGUUAAUAGGAAGCCUGAUCGAUAUGAUCCAAGGAAAAGGAAAACUGAUCCAAGAAUUAUUUCUAGACUGCCUGGAAAACCUGCGGCAUAUUUUCCCAAAAUUGCAGCCCAUUUCUGAAUAUUUAGAAGAUGGCCUCACUUGUGACCCUCCAGAGGAGAACUUGGAAAACAGAGCUGCAAACUUGGUUGUUGCCACGUCCUCAGAGAGAGGAAAUGAAGCUGAGAAUCUGAAUCUUUCUAUGUCCUCUGAGGCUGGAAGUGAAACUCAGAGCCAAAAUGCUGCUAUGAUGCUCCUAGACCCUUGUUUCCCCUCUAUGAAAGAUCAUGGAGUUAAGAAUCUUGAUACCUCUGAUGAUGGAAACAGAGCUGAGAAACCAGCUGCUGCCAUAUGCUCAAAGAAAGGCACAAAGCAAUCCUCCUUACAAGCCUCAGAGGAUCUUACCUGGAUGCAGAAUAUGAGAGAGACACCUGAAUUAACACCAGCUGGAAACAUAUUGCACUCAGGGAAGGCACGAGAGAAUCUGAAAGAAGAUGUCCUCUUGGGAACAUCCAACCAAGGAUCAAUGGAUCCAGUGACGAUGUCGAGCGAUGAAAUGAUACGCAAAGGGAGAAAGCAAUUAAUUGAAAUCAUUCAGAAGGACCUAGAACUAAUCCUAGAUGAGUUAAUCUCCCAGUCUGUCAUCACUGAGGAAGAAUACGAAGCCUUGGAUAAAAAUGAAGAGGAUUCCAAGAAGAAGAUUCGGAAGUUGCUGAUUCAGUUACAGAAAAGUGGGGACAAAGCCUGUGCCCAGUUCCUAGAAUGUCUAGAAACUGUAUGUCCAGGUUCAAAUAGGGCUGUGCAACACUCAAUACAUGAGCAUUUGUUUCCAGAGGAGAAAGCUGAAAGCCCAGGAACAUUGGGGGAAGCAAAAGAAGAGGUUUUCAAAGGUCCUUCAAGUCAGGACAAAGAAGAUGAAAUUGAGGAAGAACCAGAGCAAGAAGAGAAACAUCCUGCCAAAGAGAGAAAAAAAGCACUUAAGGACAUUCUCAUUAAGUUAAAGUUGCGGAAGCAUAAAAGCAAGAAAUUUGCCCUGCAAGAAAUCUUGGAAAUCAGCUCAGGAAGUCUAAAGGAAUGGCCUCCUAAUACUUUGGGAGACUUGCCUUGGCAUUUUCUAAGGAAGGUCUUGGCCCUGAAUGUGACGGCGAGGAACACAAGCCUUGAGCAGGGAAAGUUCAAUGACCAAGGAGCGAGAGUGAAGGAAGAAGAAAUGGGGAUUGAUAAACACAUUUUCUUCAGUAGAAAGACUGAUAUUAACGUUUCUGUGAACCCCCUUGACGUCCUUUGUGCAGUUCUGCUUUGCUCGGACACUUUCCUCCAGCAGGAGAUCCUCUCCAAAAUGUCGAUGUGCCAGUUUGCCCUGCCUUUGCUUCUGCCUCCCUUAGAGACUCCCAAGUGCACCCUGAUGCUCUGGGCCAUGAGAGAUGUUGUGAAAAGAUGGCGGCCCCAUUCCCUGUCUGAAAGUAAAGGCUUCAGGGAAGAGAGCCUGGUGUUAGCAUCCAUGCCGACCAUCUCCUUUGUGCGGAUGGGGACCUUGAGUCUCUCCAAAUCCAAACUCCUCAAUGAGUUUCUCAGCCCCUCACAACAGCACAACGAUUUCUUCGUUCACCGAGACAUGGAGUGUGGGAACCUCCCUCGAGAAGUUGCUGAUGGGCUGGUUGAGAUGGCCUGGUAUUUCCCAGGUGGGCAGAAGGGCUCAGAUCUCUUCCCAGAGCCAAUUGCGGUUGCCAAUCUCCGUGGAGAUGUUGAGUCACACUGGGUGCAAUUUAGCUUUUUAACACAGGUCUCAUCAGCUGUGUUUAUAUUUGCUGAACACAUCAGUGAAAAAGAAUAUAUCCUCUUGUCAUCGCAGAAGGAAUCGUCAACUCAGUUUUACUUUAUCUUGGAAGAUCAUGGUAGAAAAUCCAAUUAUACUUUGGAUUUUUUAAAUAAAUUAGUUCCAGUGCUUAAACUCAACAAUUCACAUGUAUUAGUGAAAGCUGCACUGACAAAUAAGGCUGAAUUUGUAGAAACGUUGCGAUGUACAGUUGGAAGAAUACUCAGUUCUCAUCCCAAGUGUGUGAGCAUUGAUAAGAUGCUUGCUGUAGCCCAUGAGCUUACAAUCCAGGUGGAUGAAGAUAGCGAAGAGUGUCAGAAUGCUCUUCGACAUGCUUUACAUAUCACAGGAGACAUAAAAGAUGUAGCAAUAUAUAAGAAAGAAACACUGAUACUCCAAGGUGAUCUCUGGAAAAAUCUGGCAAAAGUGGAGAAAGAACUGUGCAGAAUGGAGAGACAAGGGGAAACGCCUUCGGAAAAAUACAGAUCAGAACUGAAAGGCAGAUUGACGGCCCUGCGUAAAGAACAGAAUGAGUGUGAUCCGAAAAUUGGCUUGAUGAAUUUCAUUGACAGCAUAAAACAUUUGUCAUCUGUAGAGAAGCAUUACUUCUUGAAAUGGAUGAAGUUUAACCUUGACCAUAUUGCUAGAGAGAAUCUUUCUAAGUUACGAGCUGACUACAAAGAGAAAUGCAAGACUUUGGGGGACAAUGGGCAGAAAAUCACAGAGGUGGACCAACUGAUAUCCUCCUCUUCCUUGGGAGUUGAGCAUUUCAUGCGAGAAUUGGGGCAGCUUUAUGAGGCAGAGUGUUCAAUGGUUAAGGAGGGCAAAAUAACAAAAAACAGAAGGCAGUUUGUCCAUUUCCCAAGCAUUGCAGCUGACUUAAUGCUGGAAGGGUUUCCUUUAGAGUUGAUUGAUGGAGAUGCAUCCAACAUCCCCCUGCAGUGGAUAACUGAUGUACUGAUUAAACUCAAUAACAAACUAAGGGGUAAGUCUAAAAUGAUGGUGAUAACUGUGCUAGGAGUGCAGAGCACUGGGAAAUCCACCCUUCUCAACAGCAUGUUUGGGCUGCAGUUUGCUGUCAGCAGUGGCCGAUGUACACGAGGUGCCUUCAUGACACUCCUUAAGGUCAGAGAAAACUUGUAUGAUGAGCUUGGCUGUAAUUUCAUCUUGGUCAUAGAUACAGAAGGCUUGAAAGCACCUGAGCUGGCCAAAUUGGAAGACAGCUAUCAACAUGACAAUGAGUUGGCCACUCUAGUGAUUGGACUUAGUGACAUCACAAUAGUGAACAUGGCCAUGGAGAAUGCUACUGAAAUGAAGGACAUCCUGCAAAUCGUGACCCACGCCUUCCUCAGGAUGGAGAGGAUCGGGCAAAAACCCAACUGCCAGUUUGUUCAUCAGAACGUCAGUGAUGUUUCUGCACACGACCAAAAUAUGAGGGAUAGGAAGCACCUUUUGGAACAGCUUAAUGAAAUGACCCAGGCUGCAGCAAAAAUGGAAAAAACCAACAGGGAUAUCAAGUUUUCGGACAUCAUGGAUUACGAUCCAGAAAUGCACAAUUGGUACAUCCCAGGUCUGUGGCAUGGAGUCCCUCCUAUGGCUCCAGUCAACAGGGGGUACAGUGAAAAGGUCUUUGAGUUAAAGAGGUACAUUUUUGAAUUCAUAGCAAACCGCUCACGGGAAAGGCCUCCAAAAGACAUCCCUCAGUUUAUAGAAUGGGUGAAGAGCCUGUGGAAUGCUGUGAAACAUGAGAACUUCAUCUUCAGCUUUCGGAACAGCCUCAUAGCGGAAGCCUAUAAUCAUCUGUCUAUGAUAUAUUCUGAAUGGGACUGGGGUUUCCGCAGAGAAAUGCAUAUCUGGGUUUCUGAGCAGGAAACUACGAUACAGAAUGUUUCCCCUGCUGUACUUGAUCAAUCCAACUUGAAAUGUGAGCUUCAACAGAAACUAUCAGCUGGAGAACAGAAGAUUUUGGAGAAUCUGAAGCAAUACUUUGAAAGUGGAGCAACCAAUCUGCAUCUGGUAGAAAGGUACAAAGAAGAUUUUGUCAGGAGUGCCAGGAGCCUCAAGAAUGAACUUGAAAAUUAUUCUUAUACCAAAUGUAAUGAAGCCAUUAAUAUUAAAAAGGCUCGGCAGAAGAUUGAUAAUCUCCAGGCUGAAUACUUGAAAAUAUUUGAAGGAAAGGUUGACAAACUUCUUGAAGAUUGUCGGAAUAAUGAAAAUAAAUUAGAAGAUCGAGAGUUGAAAAAAGAGUUUGAAAGUAUGUGGAGUGAAACAUUGUCAGAAAUAUCACCCACUCCAUUAGAGAAACGGAAGUUAUCUUCAGAAAUAGAACUAUAUUUGAAAAAGGAGUUGUCUCAUCGAGGAAGUUCAAUCAAUCUAAAAGUACAAGAAGCAAAAUGUUUGUUAAGCUAUAAGAUAAACACCUUUCAAAUGAAAUCUGAGUAUAUACAGUCAUCUUGGUACAAUGUGACACACUUGUUUGCCAAAAAGGAGCGUUUGUAUAAAACUGAAGAACUUGCUAAAUAUUUGCUGUCCAAAUGUAGUUCAUACAUUUAUGAAAAGAUCAAUUGCGAGGGAGAUUAUGAUGAAACCUAUUGUGGUGAGCUUUUGCAGAUGAUCAAUGGGAAACUUCAACAGACAGAUGUCCAAAAACUUCAUACGACAUCUUGCUUUGAAGUGGACCUAAAAUUUCAUAUUUUAGGAGAAGCAGCUGGAUUAUUUCAGAAGAUGCAUGAAGAUUUCAUUAAGGCAAAUGAUCCCCAAGUACGUUUAGAGAAACUGAAGCUUCAGUAUUACUCCACAUUUAGAGAUCUCUAUCUGGAAAAAGAUGCCAUGCAAAACAGGGCUAAGGAUUUCUGUGAUCAGUGUCUUCAACCUGCCCUAGUGGAUUAUAUCAACAAAAGACUUGGCAUAGAAAUAAUAAAUGACAUUCUCAAUAGUGCACAAUCUAUUGGAUAUGCCAGUCGGAGCUUCUUCCAGUUUACUGUCCUAAAGGAGCUGUUGGAGGAGAAGGAUGUCAACAGCUUUGUGGAAUACAUCAUGGCCUACGAAGUAUUUGUCAAGAACUGGAUCUGGGGCCAAAUGUUGGAUCACUAUGCAGAAACUGACAAUCUGAAGGACCUGGAGAAAGAGAUUCUCUCUAAAAUAGUAACGAAAGUUUGGAAAACGUUGGAAAAUGUAAAGCAUAAAGAAACUGAGACAUUAUCGGAAUUUUUAGAAAGUUUUUGCCGAGAAAUGCAAAAGGAUUUGGUCAUUUCUAAAGACAAUUUAGUGGGGAUACAGUUUAAGAACAUGUCUGAUCCUUCCCAGUUUUCUUCUUGUGUUGAGAGCUUCCUUCCUGAUUUACAAAAACAGAUACUAACCGAUUUUGAUGUUCUGGACAUUGUAUCCAAACUCUCCAAGUUGUCUGUGAAACCGCAGGAUGAGAUCUUCAAGCGCGUCUUUGGCUGUGGGAUGCAGUGUCCCUUCUGCAAAGUCCCCUGUGAAGCUGGAGGGAGUGCUCAUGAGGAGCAUUUUGCAGCAGUGCAUCGACCUCAAGGAUUGGGAAGAUAUAGAUGGGAAGAAACUCAAACACUUACGUAUUCUCUCUGCUCCUCUGACAUAGUUUCCAACAAUAAAUUCAAGAACAGGGAUACAAAUGGGGAAUACCAUCCAUUCAAAGAAUAUCGUGACUAUUAUCCAGACUGGUGCAUCCAACCAGAUCCCAGCAUCAAUGCUUCUGAUUAUUGGAAGUUUGUUUUUAAAGAAUUCAAUCAUGAUUUUGCCAGAUACUACGGGGCUAAACCAGCUGAUUUGCCAGAGGACUGGAAAAUUAUAACUCAAGAACAAGCACUAGAGGCCUUAAAAGAAACCUACAAUAUGAAGUAAGCAUCCACCUCUCCAGGUGGUGAGCCUCAUAACACUUAUCUGAAGUUUCAAGUUUGAGUCCUGGCAUUUAUUAAUGCAUCCAGUUUUAUUAAACUUCCAUGAUUUCUCUGUAGCAAUUUCAGAUGUAACUAUGGCCAUUUCUACACCUGCCUUGAAAGACACCUGGCUUUAAAAUGAAGUUGCACACAGGACUCAUUUUGCCUCCUCUCCAUCCCUGUUUGGAUCUUUGCAUUCCAAUAUGCCUUGUUUUACGUUGUUUAAGGGGAAAUAUUUUGAAAUUGUUCGAUGUCUCUCUUUGCCUCCCUUUCAUGUGAAAGUUUAUUCUCCACCUCUGUUUUCUCUCCUUCUCUCUUUCCUUGCUUCAGAGAUUGUGAACAGUAUAGCUGUGAAUGCAUUUCCCUGAAUGGUAAUGUUCUCUAUUGGUGCAUUUAGAAGGAAUUGCUAUGAAAAUAAUUUUAUUGGAAAAAAAUUGGCCUUCCUGGAUGGAAGAGAGUUUGUGUUGAUGCAAUUUUUAAAAUAUCUACAUUUUCAUAAGUUUCAAUUUUUCUGUAAUGAUUCUAAAAUGUUAUAUCAGGCUACAAUCUCACUGGAUUGUUUAUGGUUUAUGUAAUGCAAUGGCUUAUACAAAACAUCUUAAUAAAUAUUCUUUUGAAUAAAAAUUAGUCCUCUUCUGUUGUUACCUAAGGGCUAAAUGUCUUCUCUGUGGAAGCACAGAGGGAUGUUUUCCCAGGGGAUG